CUUGUUUCCAUGCAACUGUAAACAAUGAAACCGUACUGUAGGUGGGUUGUUCUCUUCGUCAAACAAACAAAUCAUUUCUGUCGUCGUUAACCUUACUUCGAAAUGGCCUAUUCACAGUCGCCUAAGAAGGCUGGUAUACCACGAGAGGUUUUGAAAUGGCUGCAAAGUCUUGAUUUACCGUUUUUUCCAAAAAACGUGCGCAGAGACUUUUCCAACGGAUACCUAGUGGCGGAAAUAUUUUCCUGGUAUUUCCCAGAGGAUUUUCAUAUGCACUCCUAUGACAAUGGAACUUCCUUGGCUACAAAACAAUCAAACUGGUCCCAGAUUGAGAAAUUUCUUGUGAAGCAAAACAUCUGUCUGAUCAAGGAGAUCGUAGAUGGCACAAUCCACUGUAAACCUGGAGCCGCAGAGCUUCUUGUACAGGAGAUUUACUGCAUGCUUACCAACAGAAGGAUCCAAACCAUACAGAAGAUGGAGGAAGGCUUCACAGACAAGGCUUACCAAGACCAGUUGCCCAUGGUGGCUCGUUCCACAGCCUCAGUGGCCAUAAAGAGCAACUUGAGACUCAGUGAGGUUUUAGCUGAACCAAACAUCAUCAUCAACCAGUGCAAGGUCCUUGCAAUCAUACACAGGCACAUAGAACACAGAAAAGAGGAGAGAACCCAAGACCCAAAACGAUUCGAUAUUAAGCCCACUCUUGGAGAACAGGCUGUCAGAUUGUCUCCACUGUUAGCCCACGAGAGCAAGCCAAACCUGCUGAUGAACACCAGUCAAGCAGCUUGUUAAGUGCCUGGCCCUGCAUUCCCAACAGAAGGAUGAGAUAUACGUUUCAGAAGCAAAUGCUUUGCGGAUAUUGGAGGCAAAUAAUGAGACUGUUUAAGGUAGAUGUCCAAUGAAGGUCUUCAAAGUACAUUGAAAAUGAGUCCCUAC